AUGUUGAUGUUAGCGAGGGUCGGGGUCCGGCCGGUCUUUCACGCUCCUUUGGGGGCGUGGACUCAUGCCUGCGGCGCGAGAAUACCGCUAAGGGUCCAGCGGUACUCGCGCAAGCCGCUCAUCUCGUGCCACGACGAUACCCCCGCCGAGGUUCCGCCAAACCUCCCGUUCAAAGUGAAGCCGAAACAGCCUCGGGCAUCGCCCGACGUUCCCGUGGAACAAAAGCCGGCGGCGCUGCUGGUGAAACAGGCGAUCACCCCGUACAUCAAGUUGACCAAGCCCAAUUUGACGAUCUUGGUCACCCUCAGUUGCAUCUGCUCCUACGCCAUCUCCCCCCUCAGCGUGUCGCUCCCCCAGCUUAUAGCGCUCACUGCGGGCACGGCGUUGUGUCUGGGGGCGGCCAACGCCAUCAACAUGGGCCGCGAGCCCGAGUUUGACCGCAAAAUGCCCCGGACCGUCGGCCGCCCAGUAGUGCGGGGCCAGGUGACGCCGACGCAGGCAUUUCAAUUUGCCGCCGUCACCGGUGCUACCGGUGUCACCAUGCUUGCCUUAGGCGUCAACCCCAUCGUCGCCCUGCUUGGCUUCAUUAAUAUUGUCCUCUACCUGUGGAUCUACACCUCGCUCAAACGCAAGCAUAUCAUCAAUACCUGGGUGGGCGCGCUUGUCGGGGCCAUCCCCCCGCUCAUGGGGUGGGCGGCGCUGCUGCUGCUCUACCACCCGGCGGCGUGGUGUCUCGCGGGGCUCCUCUACGCCUGGCAGUUUCCUCACUUCAACGCGCUUUCCCACAACAUUGCUUCCCAGUAUAAAGACGCGGGCUACGUGAUGACCGCCGCCGAGAACCCCCGGAUGAACGCCCGGGUGGCGUUGCGCUACUCGUUAUGGAUGUUCCCCCUCUGCUUCGGCCUCUCGUGGUGGGGGGUCACCGACUGGGUGUUCCCCUUCGACCUGGCCAUCGUCAACGGGUGGAUGGCGUACCACGCUUUCAAGUUCUGGCAACAGCAGAAGGCCAACUACCCCAAGAACGCCACGCAGGGCCCGCUGCCUCAAGGAGUGGCGUUGGCCAACGCCCACGCGAAAAACUUAUUCUGGUGCCUGGUGUGGCACUUGCCCGUCAUUUUGAUUCUUGCCAUGAUCCACAAGAAGGGUCAAUGGGACCGGCUAUGGGAGUACUGUGGGCUCGGGGAGAAGAAAGAGAAACAACUCUUGUAA